GCUGUUUCUACUGAGCUGCUAGUGCAACUUACUCGGUCGAUAAAGGUCUAGUCUCUUGUUAUACCGUUUGAAUCCGAUACCACGCAUUUUCAGAUUUUCUGCGUAAAUAUGUCAGCUCCUAAACAGACGCAAAAUGCUCAUGGCGAUCAUAAGGAAAAGAAGAGGAAAGAGAGUAUUUUAGACCUAUCAAAGUAUCUAGAAAAGAACAUCAGAGUUAAAUUUGCUGGAGGACGAGAAACCGCAGGAAUUCUUAAAGGCUACGAUCCUUUGCUGAACUUGGUACUCGAUAACACAACGGAGUAUCUGAGAGAUCCCGAUGAUCCAUAUAAGUUGAAUCAAGACACACGAAUGCUGGGCUUAGUUGUAUGUCGAGGAACAUCCGUAGUCUUGAUCUGCCCUGUAGAUGGGAUGGAGUCGAUUCAAAACCCAUUUAUACAACAGGAGGGGUAAUUUAUGGUGCGUUAUUAUUUAUUGAUAAGAGCUAACUUACGUUGCAGUGCAAUGUUUUUUCACUGUGGAAAUCAAUUCUAAAUUAUUGUACAACAUAAAAUACCUAGAUUGAGGAGUAAAUAAAAGUUAAGGUUUUGCAUAAA